GUGAGAUUUUUUUUGAUCUUCAGCUACAGUUUUUGUCUUUGUUGCCAACUUUAUCAUCAAACACGAUGGCUAGCAAUGUUACCAACAAGACAGAUCCUCCCUCCAUGAACUCCCGUGUGUUCAUUGGAAAUCUCAACACGCUUGUGGUAAAGAAAUCUGAUGUGGAGGCGAUCUCCUCAAAGUAUGGCAAAAUUGUGGGUUGCUCCGUUCAUAAAGGCUUUGCCUUUGUCCAGUAUGUUAAUGAGAGAAACGCCCGAGCUGCUGUAGCGGGAGAGGAUGGCAGAAUGAUUGCUGGCCAGGAUUUAGAUAUUAAUCUGGCUGCAGAGCCAAAAGUGAACAGAGGAAAAGCAGAUGUGAAACGAUCUGCCGCGGAGAUGUACGGCUCCUCAUUUGACUUGGACUAUGACUUUCAACGUGAUUAUUAUGACAGGAUGUACAGUUACCCAGCACGUGUUCCUCCUCCUCCUCCUAUUGCUCGGGCUGUAGUACCCUCAAAACGCCAGCGUGUAUCAGGAAACACCUCACGAAGGGGCAAAAGCGGCUUCAAUUCUACGAGUGGACAGCGGGGAUCUUCUUCCAAGGCUGGAAAGUUGAAAGGUGAUGACCUUCAGGCCAUUAAGAAGGAGCUGACCCAGAUAAAACAAAAAGUGGAUUCUUUACUGGAAAGCCUGGAGAAAAUUGAAAAGGAACAGAGCAAACAAGAAGUGGAGAUGAAGAGUGAUAACUCAGAAGAAGAGCAGACCAGCACCUCCCUGGAGAAAGAUGAGACUAAUGUGAAGAUGGAGUCUGAGGGUGCUGCAGAUGACUCUGCUGAGGAGGGGGAUCUACAGGAUGAUGAUGAUGAUGAUGAAGAUCGGGGAGAUGACCAGCUGGAGUUGAUCAAGGAUGAUGAAAAAGAGGCUGAAGAAGGAGAGGAUGACAGAGACAGCGCCAAUGCAGGUAACCCUUGACUAGAAAAUCAACUGGAUAUGUAGAAGAAAAUUUCAGAAGCCCAAGAUACUAAUAAAACCUGUU